AUGGCUUCUCAUAGCUAUUCAAAACUUGGGUUUAGUCUUCUUCAAGAGCUAGGAAGCAACGAAAUCAUCAAGCAGAACCGGGCUUAUUACCUGGUGAAUAAUCCUGGAGGAAGAAGACAUGAGACCAAACCACAAAGCUCCUUUAAACUGAAGCUAGAACACUUGGAGCCAUGGAAGCCUUUUUGUUCUUGGAGGAGCAAAUCUAAUCACUUUGUAGAGUUUGACUCCACCAUGAUGAAGCCUAGACAUGUUCAUGAGACCGGACACGAGGAGGUGAAAACUAGAGUCAAGCCUUCACCAAAGAAACAGAAUCCGAAGAUAAGAGAUAGAGAUAAUGAUCUCCACAGAAGAAACCAUCUUUAUGCAUGUGAGAGCCUUACCUCUUUGAUGCUAGGCAGUGAACAACAUAGACAAAUCACAUUGCAAUCUCUAAAGAAAUCAUGUGGAGACCUCUCGGAGCUUUUGACUCGGUUGUCAAUCGGUUUUGCUGGAACCGGUAUCGCUGUGUUCUUCUCUGUGGUCUGUAGUGUUGCUUCUAGACGAGUUUUCUUUUGCGCAGAUGAAGUCUUUGACGGUGCACUUAGUUUGAGUUUGGUAUUGCUUUCAUGGUCGGUGGUUAGACUCAGAGAAACCAUUGUUGAUGUCAAUAGGAAAGCAAUCAAAGAAGAAGAAAUCACAAAUAGAGUGGAAAGAAGAAUCAAAGAUGUUUACUUCAGAGCUGCAACAGUUAUCAUCAUGGUCGCACUUAGGUUUGGUCGCACUUAG